CCUACAAGGGCAGUCGGUCUAUUGCAUCUUCACUGCGAUUAGCUGCUCGCUUUCGUAUCCCGGAUACGAUGUUUUGAUGCGACGGAGGACAUGGCGAUGCCCUGGAGCGCAUGGCGGGCUCAUGAAUGGCAUGCCGAGGGUUUGAGCGACAUGGCGCCCGCUGUCUCUCAUACUGCGUAUGUCCGUAGGGCGCAGUUGUGGUGUAGGGUUUUAUCGAGUCUGCUCUCCAGACUUUUCCGCAGCGUAAGUCAAUUAUCGCGUGUGACAAGCAAGCAGAAUCCGCAAAGCUGCACCAUUAGAAAAGUUGGUCACCCACGACUGGCAACGGUAGUCCGUCCGAUGCGUGCAAGUCCUUUUCCGCAUGCGCGUUUGACCGCUGUUCGCUUCACACUUGUGUUGCUGGAGUACGUUUAUGGUAGCUCACGCCUGUCUUCAUUGAGCUGCUCACGAAUUGCGUCCUUUCCAUGUCCUUCCGCGUUCUUCCUGCUUGCGCAACGAUCCCAUUGCGCUACCAUUCUGCCGCCAGACUUUCCCACUCGCAGCUCUGUAAGGGAACUAAGGUGGAGCGUGACCACGCCACACUGCAGGUGGCAGCUGUCAUAUAGAAGCUUUAGCUGCGCUAUUCACGACCUCCGCAAGGAGGCGAAGCGAAGGACAUCGCCUUCAGAGUCUUCCAAACGGUCGUGCGCGGUGUUUGCCGUGAAGACCGUCGCCAUUCCGCCGGAGGCUGUUUGCGAUCCAGGAAGUUCUUCGGCGCGUGCGUCGAAAGCCGAGCUUCGUGCAUUGGAGAACGAAAUCACCAUUCUAAGGCGGCUGGGUCCGUCUCCUCACGUGGUGCACUACCUUGGGGACGACUGGAAAGUUGGCCAGGACGGGUCAGCGGAGCGUAACCUGUUCCUAGAGCUGGCCAACGGGGGCAGCGUGGCUGACUUCUCGAAGCGUUUCGGCGGAAGGCUUGAUGAGUCUAUGAUCCGGCGAUGUUGUCGAGGGAUGGUGCUCGGAUUGCAGCACGCGCACUCGCGAGGAGUGGUGCAUCGGGACGUCAAAGGAUUCGUGCACUCACAUCGCCUCGAAUCGCAGGAGGAUGGCGGCGCAUGCCCAGGACGUACUGUACGCCUUGCGGGAACCGUUCAGUGGAUGGCUCCCGAGGUAGCCAGCCAGAGCGACACGCUAGAAGGGGCUGCGGACAUCUGGUCGUUAGGAUGCACCGUGAUCGAGAUGGCCACGGGCAGAGCGCCCUGGACGGAUGUGGAGGACACCAUGUCAACGCUGUUUCGCAUCGCGUGCAGCAACGAAGUCCCUGCUGUCCCCUCGCAUCUGUCAUCAGAGGCCAAAGGCUUUCUCUCCAAGUGCCUGGUCCGAGAGCCGUUCCGAAGGUGGUCUGCUUCCCAGCUCCUUGAGCACCCUUUCUUAGGCGAUGCUGCGGACGAAGCAGUGUCUCGUGCGCGCUGGCUUCGUAGCUCUGCUAACCCGACGGUAGGAAACUGCAAUCCCGUUGAUUUCCCAUCGCGUGCGGAUCCAGCCAUGGGGAAAGGGUUGCUCUCGUCCACUUUGCGUGGGGGAAAGAAUACCGUGACGGAUUAUGACGUCGAAGAAGGUGGCGAGAUGAGCAGGGAUCUUGGGAGGGAGACAUUUACUAGCCCCUCAGUUUUGCCGGAGGCUCCUGAACAAGACGCCUCCCCUCGACUUUUCUUUGAUUUCCCCAAGUCCUUUGGCUCGGAGUUAUCGGUGGAUGCUCCAAAUUGCCCUGCUCCGCCUGCGGUAGCACCGGUUUCAUUUCGUCAGGACGACGAAGCCAGUUCACCGGAUGGCCCCGUAAUGGCUUGAGAUGGGAAUGCGCUCUUGGCACCGGCAAGCGAUUUGGGAUGGUAGGGGUAACGUUGUCGCAGCCGAUUGACAGCCAGGACGGCG